GGCAGGCUUCUCUUCCUGUUUGGCCAAAGGAUUCAUUAUCGGGAGAUCAUGGGAGGGAUCAAACAGGAGCAGAGUGAUGCAUCGCAGCAGCCCAGAGCCUCGCAUUCAGCGGAUCAGCCACAAGAGGAGCCUAAAAAGAGAGGUUGGCCAAAAGGAAAGAAAAGAAAGAAGGUGCUACCAAAUGGUCCCAAGGCACCAGUAACAGGAUAUGUCCGCUUUCUGAAUGAACGGCGGGAACAUAUGCGGGCCCGAUAUCCUGACUUACCUUUUCCAGAAAUCACUAAGAGACUCGGAGCCGAGUGGACAAGAUUAGCCCCAAAUGACAAACAGCGCUAUCUGGACGAGGCGGAGCGGGAGAAGAUGCAAUAUGCCCAGGAGCUGAAGGAAUAUCAGCAGACUGAGGCCUAUCAGAUCACCAGUGCUAAGAUACAAGACAAAAGGAUCAAGAAAGAAGACACUCCAUCUGUCAUCAUCAGUACUAGUUCAGGGUCAUCUUUAACAAAGGCUUCUGACCUCUCAAGCAGAUUCGACAUCCCUAUCUUCACAGAGGAGUUUCUUGAUCAGAACAAAGCUCGUGAGGCUGAGUUGCGACGGCUUCGUAAGGCCAACAUUGAGUUUGAGGAGCAGAAUGCGGUGUUGCAGCGGCACAUUAAGGACAUGUACAACGCUAAAGAGCGCCUGGAGGCUGAACUGGGGCAGGAUGAGAAGCGCACCCAGGCUCUUCAGCAGCACUUGUUGGCCAUUAAACACACGCUGGUCAACAGUCUCUCAUCAGUCCCCCUCCCAGGUCAGAAGUCAGGUACAGGUGAGACAGCCUCUCUUGGGAACCUGGACUCAUACCUGAGUCGUCUCAGUGGAGUGCUGGAGGGAAACCCCCACAAGCACCGUGCUCUGCUCACCCAGCUUUGUGAGGUCCUCUCUCAUUUUGACAGUGAGAAGUUAUGAGGAGACUCCAUUGAGAAACCCUUUCAUUCCUGCAUCACGACGGGCUCAGUGGUAUUAGGUGAAGUCAGUGCCAUUCAACAACACAUGUGGAUAUCUCAAGGAUAGUAAAGGCAAGGGUACAAGCACUUCAAAACACCACACACAGACAAUGUCUACAUGCCUCUUCUUUAUGAAUAUAUUUAUUCUGUGGAAAAUGUGUAUUCACGCACAGGAUUUUUUGUUAAUGUAAAUCUGUGUGGCAGUGUUGAGGGUUUUUACAGUUGAGGAAUUUCAUUAAGUGUAAUGUAAUUUUAACUUCUCAACUGCCGUAAGUAAAUUUGGAUUGACCGUAAUUCUAUUGUAUAGCUUUGUAUCAGCAGUUACCUACAGGCCCAUGACCUGUCCAAUAAGAUAAGCCGAACAACCAGUUUACAUUGAAUGCCAUUUGGCCUGCGGUGGUUGGAAAAUGUGUACGUAGUUUUAUUUAGACUGCAUGGAGAAAAAAAACUGGAAAGGAUGAAAAUAAAAUGUAAGGGUAUACAUGUUUGAAUUUAUAUUGAUAAUGGCAGGUUGUGGGAUGGAUAAGCAGUUUCACAUAUUGUCAGAAAAUUAUAUAUUUGUGUACAUUUGUAUUUUUUGAAAUGUUCAUUAAACCAUACUUAAAAUGUCUCCAACAAAACAUGAA